AUGGGGCAGCCGGCGGCCAAGAAACAGAAGCUUGACUUCAGCAACAGCUUCACUGUCCACGUCGGCACUGAAAGAAAGCAAUACAUGCUUCAUACCAGCUUCGCCACCAAGACUUCCGGCUUCUUCAGAAUCGCCGCGAACGGGAGAUGGAAGGAGUCGAAAGACAACAAGCUCACACUGCCUGAUGUGCGACCGUCCACCUUUGAAGUCUACCUCGAGUGGCUCUACACCGACAAGAUCGUAUUGCUUGAAACCGAAACCGGCCGAAACCCAGACGGGACCCCGAAGCUUCGCAAGGGGGCCGACACAGCGUACCCGCAGCUGCUGCGGCUGUACUGUCUUGCGCAGUACCUUCUCGACCUCACAUUUCAGAACACUGUCAUAGAUCACCUGAUCAAGUCGGUCUUGCACUUCAAAGUCCACCCCGGAGUGAGCGAUGUGAAGACCAUCUGGCCCCUGGUUCCGGACAACUCACCCAUCAAGUGA